CUCUCUAUUUGCUGUUGUUUAUCUGAGGAGUGUUUGCGGGUUUUGGAAAGCUGCUCCCGCACCGACAUGGUUGGUUCUGUUUGGGCUUAAUUUCAUGGUUUUUCUUCGUCUUGCUUCUCGCUUUAUCUGAAGAAAAAUGGCGCGUCUGUGUCACGCGGCGCUUCUCCUCGCGGCCUUUGGCGUAAUAGAGGGUAAAUCUGUGCGUCCUCUUCCUGAUUUUGGGACUACUUACCAUGUCAAAGGAGUCAUCUCUCUUCCUUAUGCCGAGAUCGUCGAGCCGUUUCAGGGCUGGUUUGAUUUGGCAUCAAAGUCCAGCAGAAUUGACUACUACCAUGGCCAGGUUUCAACCUACCAACUGGCAUCCCAGCAAGCUUUUGGUGUGGCGUAUAAAAUCACCCCCGAGACCACGGAGACGGAGAAGAACGUGAUGAAGUGCUUCCAGGUUAACGGGACCAAAGAUGAAGCCGUGCAACCACAGGGAACUCUGCCCGACCUGCAGGGCUUUCAGUUCCUGAAGAUGGAGUACCACGGAGGGUCGCUGUGUGAGGUGUGGCAGAAUGUGACCAUCGUGGGGCACAAGAAGAACACGUACACUCUGUGGGUGACAAAGUCUGAGGCCGACAGAAGACGGGGAACGGCGGUUCCCCUCCACUACGAGAUGAUGGGCUACAACACCCUGCUGGGGUCCCACUAUGACAAGUACCUGGUGGACUACAAGGAUUUCAGCACCCAUCUGGACCCCAAAGUCUUCUCUCUGCCUGAAGGCAUGAGCUGUGGAGGCUUUCCGGGUCCAGGAGUGGAGCACCACAUGCUGGCUAACCCCAUGAAAGAGAUCAUCCACACGUCUGCCGCGGGACACUCGCAGAAGAUGUUCGGCCACUUCAAGGAGAAGUUCCAGCGUCGGUACGGAGGCGAGCGGGAGCACGAGGAGCGGGAGCACGCCUUCCUGCACAACCUGCGGUUUAUCCACUCCAAGAACCGCGCCCGGCUGCCCUUCACCCUCGCCCUCAACUCGCUGGCAGAUCGCACCGCGUCCGAGUUACGGAGCAUGCGUGGAGGGAAACGUGGAAAGACGCCAAACAGAGGACGACCCUUCCCCUCCACGCUCUACAGAGGGGUGAAGGUUCCAGAGACGCUGGACUGGAGGCUCUAUGGCGCCGUCACACCAGUGAAGGACCAGGCCGUCUGCGGCUCCUGCUGGAGCUUUGCCACCACUGGAGCAAUAGAGGGCGCUCUCUUCCUGAAGAGCGGCUCCCUGCAGGUUCUGUCCCAGCAGAUGCUGGUCGACUGUUCUUGGGGUUUUGGCAACAACGGCUGUGACGGCGGGGAGGAGUGGAGAGCGUACGAGUGGGUCAUGAAACACGGCGGCAUCGCCACCACAGAAACCUACGGCUCCUAUAUGGGAAUGAACGGUUUCUGCCACAUGAACUCAUCGGAGCUGGUCGCCCCCAUCAAGAGCUACACCAACGUCACAUCCGGCGACGCAGAAGCCCUGAAGCUAGCGCUCUUCAAAAACGGGCCGGUGGCGGUCAGCAUCGACGCUUCGCACCGCUCCUUCGUCUUCUACAGUUACGGGGUCUACUAUGAGCCCGCCUGUGGUAACACCACGCAGGACCUGGACCAUGCUGUGCUCGCCGUGGGAUACGGCGCCUUAAACGGAGAGCCCUACUGGUUAGUCAAGAACUCCUGGUCCACCUACUGGGGCAACGAUGGCUACAUCCUCAUGUCCAUGAAGGAUAACAACUGUGGCGUCACCACGGAUGCCACAUACGUCACUCUGAUGUAAACGUGGUCUUUAGUUCACUCCGCUCGAGUGCCUAAGUUUGACGUGAAACAGUCUGAGAAUGUUUCACUGCUGCUGUUGUCCCUAAAAACAUCCGAACAUUUCUUUUAUUGACACGUUUAUUGCAGGAAACACAAAGGCACUGCGGCCUUCACUACACUGUCACAUGUCGACACGUUUCACCUUGUUCUUUACAAACAGAGCCUUUAAAUAAACUGGAAGAGAAUCAUAAAAAACUA